AUGAGCGUUGAGCUCGGCAGCCUAUCGAUGGAUUGGCGAAUAGCGCUUCAAUUGGCGCAUUCGACGCUGCACACAUUGCGUCCGUUGAUCCCCAGUGAGGCGAUAGCAGGUAAACCUGCGGUGUCUUGUCUCAAGCGCCCGUUGAAAAACUCUCGGUGUCUCCGCUUGUCGUGCAAAAAGCACGUGUUCUCUAACACCGUUUUUUACAGUCACAUGUACUCAUGCUCGAAGCUGUUGCGCUUCUUGCUCGUAGUGAUCGCUACCGGACUCAGUCCCGGCGGUAUGGCGCUAGCGAAAGACGUGUGCCCGUACUGUGCAGACCUCGGCCGAGCUUGUCAGGUUCAGAGCCAGCGCUGUGUGCCGUGCACCAGCUCUGCGAACUGCUCCUCGCUCCAGAGCUGUAACAUCAACACGGGCUACUGCGAUCCAAAGUCGCUCUUUCAUCCCUUCGUAUGGAACGAUGGGAUCAUGGUGCCGCUUAUGUUCAUUUCAUCCGCAGUUCACAACGCUGCUGGUACUGGAGGCGGUACCAGUUACAUCGCUUUGUUUGUGCUUGUUCUUGGCUUUCGAGUUGCAACCGCUAGCGCCAACUCCCACGCUUUCAUCUUUGCUGGCAUGAUCGCGAAUGUGCUGGUGAACCUGUGGGCACGCCAUCCUUUCCGUGAUAUGCCUCGGAUCGACUGGAACCUGGUUGCAACAUCAGUGCCGCUCUUCUUGGCAGGCUCCAGUAUCGGCGUAUUUUUGAAUCAGUUGUUCCCAAAUUAUUUUUUGUCACUUCUCCUGGCUUUCUUGAUGCUGCUUCUCACGAUGCUCGUCGUCUGGCUUGGUGUUCGUCUGACCUGGCGCGAGAUGAAGCGACAUCCUCUGGAGUCGAACAGAGAUCCAUGCCCAGGCGAUGUCCUCGCUGAACAGGACUCCCUGACUUGCGGACCAGAAACCUCGAAGGCACACACUAAGACCGCCAUCGCCACAGACCUGAGCAUGGAAGACAAAACAUUGCUGGAGCGCUCGAGAACGUCGACAACCGGUUCAUUGGAGGCGUCGUCAUGGACAGCUUCCACCGCGAAAUCCAUGGAAGCGUCGACUGCAGUUGCAUCGCCAGGAGAAUCUACACCGAUCCCGCGCCUCGAGGGCGGAACCCUGCCAGGUAUAUGGCUACCGCGAUGGCUGGACCCGCUGUUACAUUCGCGGACGCUCGACGAGAUGAUGCAAUUUGAACGACCCUGGUUUCAAUGGCGAUAUUGGUUGUUUCUCGCCUCAUGCUGGAGCGUUCUUUUUGUUGCGCGAUAUCUUUCGGGAUCUCGUGAAGCACGAUCGCCCGUGGGCAUGCCCCUUUGUGGCGUUGUUUUCUGGGUUGUUUUCGCUCUACAGGAGGCGUUUCUUGUAAUAGCGGCCUUGGUUAUGUGCCUACGGAACAUUCGUCUGCGCCGACUAAGGGAAUUACUUGGUUUUCCGAGGUAUGUCGACGCGAACGACAUGGGAGAUUUCCCGCUCCACAGCGGAUUUCUCGUCCCGUAUAUGAGUUUCACUUUUUUGGCUGGCAUCCUCGAUACGUGGAUCGGAGUCAGCGGGAGUGCGCUGCUCGUUCCCUAUCUCUACGUCCUGGGGCGCGUUGAACCUUUCACAGUGCAGAGCUCUGUUUCGGCGGUCAUUUUCGUGACGUCAUCUGCGGGUGCAGUUCAGUUCCUUGUCUACGGCAAGCUGAUCAUCAGCUACGCACUGUUCUAUGGCCUCUGGUCACUGUUAGGAUCACUGUUCGGUGUAGUUCUGGUUUACUACAUUGCCCUAAGGUAUCGAAUGAAAGCCAUCUUUCUGCUUGCACUAGCGGCUGCAUGUGCAUUUAGUUUCGGUACAUUGGUCUACGUAGGUAUUCGGAAUGUUGUGCAUGUAGCAGCUGCCGAUGCGGGCUGGGUCUUUAACAGCAUAUGCUCGGCUGCCAGCAGGGCGUGA